CCGGAGAAAAGGAGUGGGUCUGGGUGCAUAGUCAGAAUAGCAACGUACUACGUCUGGGAAUAUUCGUGCACGGUAGAGAACGCGCCUCAGAGCUCCUCAGUUUUGAAUACAAUUUGUUUUGAGGGUUUACCAAGACGUAUUAAUUUUAUGUAAAUUCUUUAUUAAAUGCGGGGUUUUCUGAGGUGGUGGAGCCGCACUGCACAAAUCCAACGAGUUUCAAUUCAACAGUAGCCUAACGACUGACUGCUAUUCAUGGAUGGUCUUCUAAGGCAAGGACGAGCUCGUGAAUAACCACAGCCUGUGUAACCAAGGUGUCAAGGUCCCCUGUGUGUGAUGCCCUCUUGCUAGCAGGUCCCCUGCCAGAGUGUGAUGCUUCAUGGCUCCGGUGCUCAGUGCCUUGUUAGGGCCGGGGGUCGCGGGGUCAGGGGUCGCCAUGUCGACAUCGUUAGGCAGCGAGCCGCUGGUCCUAGUGGUCACCCUGAUGGCCAUCUCUGCUAUCGUGCUGCUCUCACUGCUACUGCAGCUGUGUGCCAGCUGCCAGGGGCAAAAUAAAUCGAAUGGCCGCCCAGGAGACCAUGAGAACCUCAUGAAUGGAGUGUCUGAGAGAGAGACGUUUACCGGAAGUCAGUCUGUGGACAGCCCAGGGACUGAGCUCGUGGUGAGCAGUUCACACAACGGCCCACUAACCAGUGAUACAGUGUUGACAGACACCCAGGACAGGAGUCCCCAGCCCUCUGAGGAGAUGCUGUCCAGCCAGUCAGAGCUGCGGAGCUCCAAGUGUCCCCAGGACCGCGAGCUUCCCAGCAUCCCACCCAACAGCGCCCUGGAGGGGAUGGGAUCCUCCAGCGAACCCCCUCUACCCGUCUCUGGAGACGGCACCUACGAGGUGGUGAAGGAGAGAGGCGGCAUCUUAACGGCGUCCCGUGACGUGAGCGUUGAAGACUCCCUCUACGAGACGGUCAAAGAGCUGAAGGACCAUCCAGGGAGCCUGGCUGUAGGUAUACCCAACGGACACGGUACUACGUCCCCCUUCAGCCCCGAUGACGACCCUCACCACCUCCACAACCCCCUACCCCCUUCCCACCACCGUCCAGCCCUCCACAAUGACCACCUCAGCCCCUGCAGCACCCCAGAGCGGGGGCCCCUGUGUGCGGGAGUGGAGUACGCCUCGGUGGAUCUGAACAAGAAGAGCCGUUACAGUGCAGACCUGGAGGCAAGGCGCUCAGCCACCAUCACUGCUGCUGUGAGCCCCACAGAGGAGCCCGAGGAGGAGGACAGACCCCCGCCUGUACCUGACAAGGUGCUGGAUGAGAACGACAACCAGCCUACCAUGAUGGACGCAGGAGGGGUGGUGGUAAUGGGGGCAGCACUUCACAACGGAGAGUUGCACUCUCCCUCACCGGGGCUUCACAACCAUGUGCUGUUGGAGAACGAGCUGUCAGACAUGUACUCCACAGUGAGGAAGACACACCUAGACGUGGAGGAGAAGGAGAGUGACUACAGCAGCAUCGCUGAGAUCAAAGGUCUGGUCCCUGAGUCGUCCUCCAGUGAUCUCUACGCUACUGUCAGGGACAUCUACCCCCAGCUCGGAGAGGGGGAGUCAGACCCACAGGGACCCCCUGGGGACCUCCAAGAGUCCCCUGCAGAGAGCAUCGACCCGGGCUACGAGAACGUCUGCCUCACUAAGACUGGUAAUGGAGAGGACUUGGGGCUGAGGAACCAGGUUCAGGAGCCAGAUUAUGAGAGUGUAGGUGAGCUGGGCCUGGGGUUGAACAGGGAGAGUUCCCGUCUCUAACUGGGUAGUAAAGCUACAGUGCGGGGCCUAAAUCUGAGCCUCUGGGGCCUCACCCUCAACCCCAGCAGUUAGCCUAACUAAUAGUCUCACCCUCAACCCCAGCCAUUAGCCUAAUUCCUAGCCUCACCAUCAACCCCAGCCAUUAGCCUAACUCCUAGCCUCACCCUCAACCCCAGCCAUUAGCCUAACUCCUAGCCUCACCCUCAACCCCAGCCAUUAGCCUAAUUCCUAGCCUCACCAUCAACCCCAGCCAUUAGCCUAACUCCUAGCCUCACCCUCAACCCCAGCCAUUAGCCUAACUAAUAGUCUCACCCUCAACCCCAGCCAUUAGCCUAAUUCCUAGCCUCACCAUCAACCCCAGCCAUUAGCCUAACUCCUAGCCUCACCCUCAACCCCAGCCAUUAGCCUAACUCCUGACCUCACACUCAACCCCAGCCAUUAGCCUAAUUCCUAGCCUCACCAUCAACCCCAGCCAUUAGCCUAAUUCCUAGCCUCACCAUCAACCCCAGCCAUUAGCCUAACUCCUAGCCUCACCCUCAACCCCAGCCAUUAGCCUAACUAAUAGUCUCACCCUCAACCCCAGCCAUUAGCCUAACUCCUGACCUCACACUCAACCCCAGCCAUUAGCCUAACUCCUAGCCUCACACUCAACCCCAGCCAUUAGCCUAAUUCCUAGCCUCACCCUCAACCCCAGCCAUUAGCCUGACUAAUAGCCUCACCCUCAACCCCAGCCAUUAGCCUAACUCCUGACCUCACACUCAACCCCAGCCAUUAGCCUAACUCCUAGCCUCACCCUCAACCCCAGCCAUUAGCCUAACUCCUAGCCUCACCCUCAACCCCAGCCAUUAGCCUGACUCCUAGCCUCACCCUCAACCCCAGCCAUUAGCCUAACUCCUGACCUCACACUCAAUGCUAACCAUUAGCCUAACUCCUAGCUUCACCCUCAACCCCAGCCAUUAGCCUCACUACUAGCCUCAACUUUACCCAGCAGUCCUGAUGACAGGAACACCACCUCAGGGCUCUGAACUUCAACCUUCAACCCUACUGCCCAUCAUCACCAAUUCAGGGUUUCUGCCCACUACCCCCUCAGUGUAGUUUGGGUGUGCCCACAGCCCAGCGAUAUCUGACUGAAUUAGCUAUAAUCUUAACUCUACAUCAAUUCAUGGGGCCCUUAAAUUACAAUGUACGUACUCGGGGUGCUAUCAAAUCAGUAUCUGAACGAUGAAAUCACCGUCCGAUUUCAAAUUAUUGGCGUCCGUCCACUUUGAUGUUGCUUCUCACUCUGUAUCAUGGUGCACAUCACAUCACUGAAGAUUGUAGGUUAGCUACAUUAUCAACGACUGCUAUCAAUGUGGGAAGGAAGGCCAAUAUUUCUACAUUAUUCGUCACCAUCAUAAUUACUUCCUCAGACUAUAAAAUAGUACAUUUAUAAACAUUUAUAACCAGUCAUUACAAAUUCAGUUCAUUUUACAAGGCUGGUGACAAGCUGACUGGCCAGUGACACUUUGUCAGUGCCUUGUGAUUGAAAACGAAUGAGUUUUUGUGCCAUAAUUUUGUUCUAUAAGACACUUAUAAAGGUAUGAGUAGAAUGUUUCCCCACAAUGUAAUGUCACUUUUUAUAUAAUCUGUUCUCCUUUCCUAGUGCAACAUUUCAUUCAGAAUAUCAUGAUAAAUCAGAGAUAUGAUAGAUAUGUGUACUUACAUACUAUUGUGAAAUAAGUAGCCUCAAGUCAGGCAGUUUAGACAGCUGAAAUCUUAAUGGAACUGCUUGUUUUAGUUUCUAAAACAUUUUUUAUUUGAUUUACAUGUCAACUUUUUUUAAUUUUUAAAUCAAAUUCCUAUUUAUUUGAAGAUGGUGGAUCAUUGUGUGAUUUAGGGAUAUCAGGAAGUGUGUUUGUUCAUGAGGGAAACUUGAAAAGGUUUUGUUCUGUACAUAGGAUAAACAAAUGAAUAAGUGGGUUACCAUGGUAAUAAAGUAGUAAAGGUACUCAUGAAUAAUCCAGACUUUUUAAAAAGGACUUAUUCAUUCAAACAAAAGACGAACAAUGGUGAGACCAUAUCUAUCAAUGUUGUUGUGAUUUAUUGUGUGAAUUGUUCAACUCAGUUGUUGUUUUCUCUAUAUUUCUUCACAUGAUUCAAAAUGUAUUUAAAAUACUUAUAUUCACUCAAUGUGACAAUAUGCAACAGCAAAACGGUGUGUUAAUGCAGCUGUAUUGAUCAAGGUGUAUCAUAUGUGUUUGUAUGGCAUGUUUAUGCUUACCCUGUAGGUACGCAUACUAUUGAUACGGUGGAAAAGGAUUUUAAAGCACAAAGUGUCAAAAAACAUUAUGCUACUGCUUCUGUACAGAGCUUAUAGCAACAACAACAUCAUACAUACAUAUAACCCAUCAUGUGCACAAUUAUAAUAUCAAAUGCUUCUAACGUAACUAUUUGAACAAGCACUAUUAAGGUAGCAUGUGCUGAUGACAUGCUAACCGAGGGUUGUAUAAAGUUAGAGUACGAUUUCAUUAAGUCGGCUAAUGUAUGAAUUUGCAAAUGGUAAAGUAUAUUUUGUAGUAUGUAUGCAUGUGAUUUGGACUGCUUAAUAGUGGCUAUAAAAGCACAUAGAGUACAGUAAAACCAUGAUGUCAUUUUAAGGGAAUACAUUUAGGCUAGCUGUAAGUAUGCCCCUUACUCAGAGAGUGACCUAACUAUUGUUGAAAAUAUAGUGAUUGAUUGAAUGGUGGCGUAUGACAGUUUGGAAGUUCUGUAUUCUGUUUUAAUAGGACACCAUCUCAUUGGUUAUUUUGUUCUGUUGUUUUAUUCAAGUAUGGUACAUUGUGUUGGUACAGGUGUUUUAAAACAGAAAAGUCAAAGUUGGUACUUUUUAUUUUUUUAAAGAAAAGUGAAUGAA